UGUAGCGGGGUGGGGCGCGCCGCUGGCAACAUCUGGGCACCCCUCCUGCGCACAGGUCUCAGUUUCCCCGUCUGCGCGGUGGACGCGCGGGCGGCGCCAUGGGCCGAGUCUGGAUCCGAGGCGCGGGAGUUGGGGCCGCCUGUGUUCUGGCUGUGCCGUGUCUCCCGGAAUCGGGCGUUGACCUGCUUGGGCCUCAGUUUCCCGCUUCACAGGGGCGGGGCAUGAGGGGAUUUGUGAACCCCGCCCCGCCUCGCGGGUUUUGCUGAGCUUGGGCAGCCAAAUUAAAUUCUGUUAAAUGACUUGGGUGGAGUUGCGGCGCCUUUCCGUAUUGGUGUGUGACCUGAGCCCACCCCUGGGAGCCUUUGGUGCCCUCGGAGAUGCCCUUGUAGGGGAGACUGAGGAUUAAAUGAAGUGCUAUAUAAGUGUUUGUUCUGUAUUCUUGGAAGCACUAGGGAGACCCUCAUUAGAAUACUGAUUCCCGGGCCCUGUCCUAGGAUUUCUUCACACUCCACUUGGAGAAACUGACUGCUUCGAGCCCAGCACCUCUUAGCACUAUUGGUUUUAGUCCCCACAGACAGCAUUGUGAGAUUCAGAUUCUUUGUUAUACCUAUUUUCUGGGUGAGAAAAUGGAUCUAGGAAGUGAGGUGACUCUCCCAAGGUCACACAGUCUCCCUUUCUGCGUGUGUCCCCCAUAAAUAUAUUUGGAGCAAGGAUCAGAGCCCAUGCUGGGUCAUUUCCACUCUGUAUGUGUAUGUUAGUCAGGGAAGGCUUCCUGUGAGAGGCAGCUGGUGGGGGAGUGUGCCUUGAAUCCCUCAGCCCUCACAUCUGGGAGCCAGAGACAGGAAAGAGCCCAUCUUUGUAGCAGAACCAUUUCCCACAGGUCCAAAUCCUGCACCUGCCAGGCUCUAGCUGUGGGCUUCCCGCCACAUUCUGUCCUUUGAGAGCCCAAGUGUCCUCUUUAUACAUGAUCUUCUUUGGAAAUGUGGAGGGUGUGGGUGUCCAUGCCUGGCACAUAGAAGGAGCUCAAACAUGGUGAUUGGGGAGGUGGUGGAUUUCGUCAGGUGUGGCAGUUUAUCUCCAGAAGGCACGUAAUGGCUGCAAACUGAUAGCCAGAUUCUGGGCAUAGAUACGUACUCUUGGCCUCUAUGGUGUUGGGGUAAGAAAAAUAUUAGUUGCUAACAUUUGUAAAUGAGGCGAUUUCACAGGAAAAAGAAAUCCAUAUUUCAGGUUUAUUUCUGGAAACAAUCAGAAGUCUGGCAGGAAUCAGGUGCUGCAAGAAGCAGCUGUCCUGUCACAGGUAGCUACUGAACGUCAGAGUCACAUAUUUGUGGAUCCUGUGGUCUGUGGGUGUUUGAGUUGUGACCCAUGUUCACUGGCUGUGUGACAACUGCCUAGUUCCUCAGUCUCUGAGCCUCAAUUUUCUCAUGUAUGAAUAAGGAUGGUAACAAUUGCCAGGGUUUGAAAUCGGUGUCUUGUUUAGUAUACAGUAGGUGCUCAAUAAAGAGGAGGGUAGUUAAGUGGGCUCUGAAAGCCCUUCCUGAUCCUGUGUGUGAACCUUAACCAAUUGCAAGUGGGCCUUUCAGUCGGCGAUUAAACGUGCAGACCACAGAGCCAAGCUAUGUCAGGAUUCUGGGUUUUUCCUGAACCUCCUUAGGAGGGUCAGUGCUGAAGCUGUGGUCCCUCCUGCCCUAGCAUGGUCCAGGAAGUCCCCACCUGCUGGGAUAGCAUCUGUGUGCCAGGGAAGCUGGGAGCCAAGAGCCACAGAGCCAUCUGGGUUGCUGGGGCCCACAGCCUGGCUGCCAGUGCCUGAAAUUCUUGGCUUUAACUUGCUGAUAUAAGUCUAGCUUCAGAGCUGAGUUUGAAAGGUUCCGUUUGCCUUCAUAAAACUAAAUUCAGGCAAUCUCUUGCUGUGAACAAGGUUCUGGGCUGGGCUCUGGAGACAGAGCAGCGAGCAAGAAAGAACACACGCCUCUGUUCUAUUGGAGCUAAUAUUGCUGUGGGGGUGACAGGCAAAAGGGUUAACUGAUAACUAAGAUAAUUUCAGGAAGCGAUGAGACAGUGGAGCAAUUAAAAAAAGGUGAAGUGAUGAGUGACCAGAAUAGGGGUAGUCAUCAAAGACCUCUUGGGAGAAGAGGCAUUGGAGGGGGUGAUGAUUUGAGGGGGCAGCCAGGAGGAGGGGGCAGGUCUAUGCAGGAGGAAGGUGCCUGUAGCUUUGGGCACGUGGAGAGGGGCACGUGUGGAGGUGGGAGGGGUGAUGGGAUUGUGAUGUGCUUGGGUGCAAGUUAUAAAUAGGAACUCCUGUGGUUCUCGAAACACCCCCGAGUUCCUGGCAUGACAAAGCUGAGGCUCAGGUGGCAUGACCCACUUACGGACAGGUGGCCUGUGGGGUUCCCAGCCCCCCAUCCCACCUCCCCCCACUUCCUGAUGCAGACUGAAAACACUUUCUUCCCGCCUGUUUCAGGCAGCGGAGGAGGAGGAAGAGAUGGACCCCCCGGACUCGGCCUCGAGGGUCUUCUGUAGCCGCAUCCUGAGCAUGGUGAAUGCGGACGAUGUCAACGCCAUCAUCCUGGCCCAGAAGAACAUGCUGGACCGCUUUGAGAAGACAAACGAGAUGCUGCUCAACUUCAACAACCUGUCAAGUGCCCGCCUGCAGCAGAUGAGCGAGCGCUUUCUGCACCACACAAGGACCCUGGUGGAGAUGAAACGGGACCUGGACAGCAUCUUCCGCAGGAUCAGGACUUCUCUCAAGAGGAAAAUGAGAUUGCCAGGUUUUGCGGGUCCUUCUCAAGCUGGUUUCCAUGAGGACAGAGAAAGACGAUGUCCAAGUCCCCAGCCACAUAGAAUGUUUGACACGGCCCCCGGAGCUCCUGUCACCACUGCUGCUGUUAACAACUGCUGCUGGGGCGCCGAGGCCUGGAACAAGCUGGCACUACAGCUGUAUUUCUGGCUGACUGUGCCGCUUCUUCUUUUCCGGGGGCAGCCGCAUCUGCUGGCAGAGCAGGUGCCACAGAUUGAGGGCAACAUGUUUCCUUGGAGCAUGCUCUGUGCAGAAAUCACAAGACAGGCCGGAUAAAUCCUUUAUCUAAAGCGUAUCUUUUCUGGGGCAUCUCACCAGGCUGGUUGCCCACGUGUGGUGUUGCAGGGGUGGGAGUAGAGUAGGAACCACAAGGGUUGACACCUUUUGUGUGUAUCUGUGUCACUCAGGAAGGAGAUAAGUGUGUCCACCCAGGCAGGGAUGCAGCAGCAGUGGUACUUUGGGGGGGACAGUGCUGGCUGGCCAUAGUCAAGGGUGAGAGACUGCUCUGAAGAGCCUUUUGUAAUUCUUUGUAAACAGAACUGCGUUACUUCAGGUAAAAAGGAAAAACCAGGUUAAAAAGGGAAGCAGGUGCUUCUCUGUGAAGCUCAGUUUAGUGAGUGCCAGUGUUCGGUGUUUGGGGUGUGGAUAGUCAGCACUCCUGGCCCCCACAGACAUCCUCACCCCGGGGAUGGAGAGACAGGCUGGGACAAGUCACCCAGAGGCGUGCCUGUUGAGGCAAGGGGAAGGGAAGCUUCCUGGAAGGUUGUCCCGGUAGAAGAGGUUUAGACAUGAGGCAUUGCAGGUAGAGGGCCCAGCCGGCACGCAGAGCCAGCACCAAGGACACGCAGAAGUUGGGUGACAGCUGGGUAGCUGCCAUCCGUCCUGGGGGUGGGAGGUCCGCUGGCUGAGCGCCCAGUCCUACCUCCAGCCCUGGAGCAGAGUAUGACAAGCAGUGACGGGGAGGUUCCUGGCCUGCACCGGGCCCAGCCUGCACACUCUGCAGGUUCAGCCCUGUGUGCCUUCCCUUCCC